CAUAUGGCUACUAACAUGACAUUUUCAUUUUUCAAGCGCAAAUAGGAACUUCAGGUAGCAAAGGUUAAAAGGCACAGGUAUUCAGCAUGAGAGUCACCAUGGCACUUGUGCUAAGAAUCACGCCAAAUUAGUCCUGUUUCAUCACUGUUACGACAAUUUGUGCCCGUUCCUUUUUCUGUGUGAAUGAUUGAUGACCAGCUGUUGCACUGACGAAGGCCAGUCUUCCAGACAUACCAUAUUCGACCCCUGUUGAGCACCGCAACCUUCCAACUUCCUAUGAACCGCGGUCUUAAUUGAAAGGAUUGAUUGGAGAUACGGUCAUCACGCUAGAAGACGGCGAAAGCGCGCUUUUGAAAAUAUUAUGUUGGAGUGGCUUAUUCGAGAGACUGAUUAGCCCAGGCAUGCCCCACCCCUUCGACGUUUUUUUUUUCUUUCCGCGCGUUUUAUUUCUCUCUGCUUUUCUUUUUUUGCUCCCUUACCCACUCCCUCAGUGUAGGGUAGCAAACCAUAACCUUCUCCCACGGUUAUAACCUGCCUGCCUUUCCCAUUUCAUCUCUUUCGCUCACUGUUGCAAGAACAAAAGGGUAUAGCUUACCUAAAUGCAUGGUUCGCGCCCAGGCAUUCCCGGUCGCGCUCGCAUGCAAACGCUCUCUCUCGAGAGCCCUCCCGAGCAUGCGGAAAACUUCGCUCGCCGGAUUGGCAGUCGGGGCUCGGGCCGAUAGAUGGAGCCACCGCACGUUGCCGCCAGCGCCAAAAGCGGGGGGUUCCGACCGACCGAGUACCGGACCCGAACCACGAGGUCGAGCAGAACGCGCCUCUCGUAGACGGUGUGCUCCGUGCCGAGACAGGUGCGAAGAGGACCUCGGGAACACGCGUCGCGCAUUCCGGCAAGCCGCCUUUCAAACGUCGCGGCUACGACAUCGCCCCCUUCUCCUCCUCCUCCUCUUUGGCUAGACCCGGCGUUUAUGCUGGGCAUCGACGUUCGGCCAAUACGGCCAGAUCGCCCGUAGCAACGGUGCCAACGGCAGUUGGAAUAUUGGCAACACCGGCAACAUCCGCAGCAGCAGUGAGCGAGAAGACGGAUUGUGUGUGCCUAUGGAUGUGACUGACAAGCCGGCGAGUGCCGCAUUGGACAGAAGACGCACGCCAUGCUCUCCGCGCCAUACCUGCUCUCUUUCGCCGCUGCUGCCAUUUGCGUGCUGGCGAGCCAACCCGACACCGCACAUGGAACCUCCGGGCCUCGCUGGCUGAACGAGCUUCCCGCGCGUCUCCUGUUCUCAAAUUGGACGGGGGCCACUGUGCGCUGCUCGGCCGCGGGGGACCCGCGCCCUCACGUGUGGUGGGUGAGCGCGACGGAUGGGCUGAACGCCAGCGCGCUGCCGGUGGCCUCCCGAGCACAGCUGCUCACGGUCCACGAAGGCACUCUCACCUUCCUGCCCUUCCGGGAGCACCAGUUCCGCGCGGAUUUACACCGCGGGUCCUUUCGCUGCCGCGCGCACAACUCCAGAGGCACCGUGCUCAGCACCGUGGUGCACGCCAAUGCGGUGGUGGCUCAGGAGUGGGAGCUGCGCAUGUGGUCUGCUCCAGGUUCGGUGCCACGUGGCGGCGCCCUAUUAGUGCGCUGUCCCGUACCCAGUCACGUGAGCCACCACGUGAUCGUCACCGCCUGGGAGGAGGAGCACCACAGCCCGGCACUCAUCACGCCACGAUCACCGACCGACCGGUACGUGAUGACGUCAUCGGGAGAUCUGUACGUGCGGAGUCUGACGCAAGCUGCCCGCUUCCGGUGCCACACGGAGGACGUGCUUACCCGCCGAAACAGGACGAGCGCCACCUAUGCGCACUACCAUGCUACGGAAACAACCGGAAGCCAGACACCGUCUAUCACAUUCCACUCGGGUCAUGUGACGGUAGACCAAGGUCGCCCGGCUGACCUAGUCUGUCUGGCCCAAGGCUGGCCACCACCGAAGUUCAAGUGGUACCGCAAGCAAGGACAGAGGCUUGCACCGGUCUCGCCCUCGCCUGCACCGACAGUGCUCGACGGAGUCCUGCACUGGAGCGGAGGCGUGCAGACCGCAGACGAAGGCCAGUACGUGUGCGUGGCCUCCAACACCUUGGGAGAGGCCAGGGCCACGCUGCAGCUCUCAGUCAUCGGGGACUUGUCGGUGACCAUCCGUCCGCGACUGGUCCGCGCCGAGGCCGGCGACUCGGUGUCGUUCCAGUGCAACGCGAGCAGCGCCGACGCGUCGCUCGAGUGGCGCCUGAACGGGUCGCCGCUUCCGCUGGGAUUCCAGCGGCUCGAGCGCGGGUUCGUGCGCGUCGCAGCGGUGGCCCGGCACCAGGGCGGCAUGCUGCAGUGCUUCGCUGCUUCCAGGGACGGACGCAGGGCGGCGCAGGCCACGGCCGAGCUGGUUGUCGGAGAGCGUUCCCCUAGAAUGGAACGAACGUUCGGCACCUCGGUUGGCCUGAACCCCAAGUCUCCAGCGAGCCUAGGGUGCCGGGCCUCGGGUGACCCGGCUCCUUCCAUCACUUGGACCCUGGACGGCGCGUGGCCCGUGUCCGGGGGCGGCCCGCGGUUGCGUCUCUGGUCGACCAGCGACUCGGCCACGGGCGAUGCGGUGAGCUUCCUCAACUGGACGUCGGUGGAGACGUCCGACUCGGGACACUACCAGUGCGUGGCGAGCAAUGUCGCGGGCCGAGCGGUGCACGCCUUCCGGCUGGACGUGCGGGGCCCGCUCUUCACGCGACCCGCGUACAACGCCACGGCACUGGAUGGACAUCGCCUGGCGCUGCAGUGUCCAUUCGGCGGAUACCCGUACGACAAGGUCACCUGGUUCAAAGACGGGAGUGAACUGCCGGUGAACCAGAGGCAAACCGUGUUCCCCAACGGCACGCUCCUGCUGGAGACUCUAGCGAAGGCCAAGGACACCGGGGAGUACACCUGCUCCGUGGAGAGCCCCGCAGGUCCUGCUGUGCAACAGGCCGUCCGAGUGAUCGUCAGAACCGGGCCGCAGAUCACGCCGUUUCGCUGGCUGGACGAACUGCAGGAAGGAAUGCGCGCUGGACUCAGCUGCUUCGUGCACGCCGGCGAGCCGCCCAUCGUCAUCGAGUGGCUCAAGGACGGCGCGCCUUUCACCAAAGCCGUGCGCCAGGACGGAUUCAUGUCCACAAUAUCGAUGGAUGCACUGACGCCGCAAGACAACGGCAACUACACCUGCCGCGCCUCCAACGCCUGGGCCACCACAAGCCACAGCACCGUGCUCAGGGUCAAAGUGGCUCCCAGCUGGAGGUCUGAGCCCAAGGACGUUGUGGCAGUUACCGGUCACUCGGUGGUCGUCGAUUGCCAGGCCAAAGGGGAGCCGCCGCCACACAUACGCUGGAAGACGGCGUCAGGCUGGGAUGGCGGCCCGUACCGCGCGCUGGUGAGCAGCUCCCGGGUGCACGUGCUGGUCAACGGCUCCCUGAGCGUGCGCAGCCUGGAGACGGCCGACGCGGGCCUCUACCUGUGCGAGGCCUCCAACGGCGUCGGCGCCGAGCUCUCCAAGGUGGUCCGGCUCACCGUGCGCAGCAGCCCCCGUCUCUCGCCCAAGGAGUCCACAACAUCGGCAAAGCGGGGAAGCACGGUACACCUUCAGUGCGAACCUGAGGCAGGAGACACGCCCAUGCGUCUCUGGUGGCUCAAGGACGGAGUGCCUGUCGCAGCGCUGGGUGACCACAGAUACUCACAAGCUGAUCACACUGACGUCAAGACACCGAAAUCAACGCUGACAAUCACGAACGUCCAGAAGUCUGAUGACGCCGUGUUCACGUGCCACGCUUCCAACGACUACGGAGAGGACACAAACAACGUGCAGCUUAUCGUACAAGACGUGCCCGGAGUACCCGACAGCCUCCAAGUGAACGAGGCGUCCAGCAGGUAUGUGCGACUCACCUGGACAGAGCCUUUUAACGGGAACCUGCCGAUAUCCCAGUACCUGCUGCGAUGGACGAAUAAGGAAGGCACGUGGGAGGACAGCGUGGCGGUGUCCGGCACCGAGACAAAGGUGACCGUGCGCGGACUGGUGCCCUCUGCUUCGUACCUGUUCACGGUGCGAGCAGAGAACGCCCUGGGUCCCGGUGGCUACACCUCGCCUCUGGAGGUGCAUACGGACGACGAACCCCCUCGCAAUGCACCCACGAGUGUUCACCUGACGCCAAUCGACUCCAGGAGCAUCGCGAUAAAGUUUGAGGACGCUUCGUCCUCCCCCGCCCAGUCGGGGGCCGGCGGUAGCGGCCGCGUAGACGGGUACUACGUGGCCUACCGGCGCGAGGGAUCGCCAGAGCCCCUCCGCUACCAGACGCUGCACGAGCGAGAGGGCGUCCUCUCCGGCCUGGACAGGGACACGCGCUACGAGGUGCUCGUGCAGGCAUACAACGCCAAGGGACCGGGGCCUCCGUCCAGGACGCACUCCGUGCGCACGCUAGCAGCCGAUCCUCCACCACCACCGACGUACCGGGUGGUCGGCACUUCGGCUCGGACCAUCUCGUUGGCGUGGGAGAGGCCGGUCAUCGCUUUCGAUGAUCCCCCCAUCAGGACGUACUACGUGUCGUGGCGGGUGGAGGGCGACGAACAUCCAUGGCGGGAGCAGUCGGUGGGCGGCGACCGGACCAACUUCGCUCUUUCGGGCCUCGCAUGCGGUACAAGGCACCAACUGCGCAUGCGCUCCGCCAGUGAUGUGGGACGGGGGCCCGAGGGGAACGUCGUCACUGCCUCCACUGAAGGAAACCGCCCCGUGCUGCAGCAGGCGGACCGCCUUGUUGACAGCAACUCCACGUCCGCCUGGCUGCGACCCGAGGCGUGGUGGCACGGCGGAUGCCCCAUCAGCCACUUCACCGUCCACUACCGGCGUAGCACCGAAGCAGACUGGACGCUGGCGUCUAGUCACCUGCCGUACAGGCUCAACGAUGAGCCGCUAGUGCUCAGCGAUCUCGAGCCGGGAUCCUGGUACGUGCUGCUCAUGGUGGCCCACAACGACGCGGGCAGCACCACGGCGCAAGUCAACUUCGCCACGCUCACGCUGGACGGAGACGUGCCUUCCCAGAAGCCUCACCUUCUGGACGCCAAGAUGGCGUCCUUCUAUCGGCACCUGACCGUGACGCUGCCCAUCGGCAGCUCGGUGCUGGUGCUCGUCGUGGUGCUCGCCGUGCUGUGGUGUGUUCUACACCGGCACGCAGACGACGCAGCAGUGGCCCACGGCACGCCGCAAGGAAGCGUGUCUGGCGAGCGGUACAAGAGCGAGGUGCUGGGCUCCGCGGAGCCCACCUACUGCAGCGGCAACGGCGGCUCGUCCCGUGGAUCGUCCGCGUACGCCGUGCCGCACAGGGUCUACGACGUGCCUUACGCCCACAAGAGACCAGGUGAACACAUAGCCAUACAAUCGAGAAAGUCGCAAACUGCCACAGGCGUAAGCCGAGACGGGUCAGAGCUUUUCUACGUUUCCAGCAAAUGUAAAGUGUUCGACGAGGACGACAUGCACAGGUUAUGACGCGUGAUUCGCACUUCUCUGCGACUUCCGAAGACACCCGAGCAGCAACUCUGCUGAAGGAUAGUCAACAAAAGCGUUGUGAUUCUCCAAGCUGCGCCGUGGGGAAAGUGCACACGACGACCAUUUCAACUCUGCAUCAUCUAGCGUUUCUACAAAGUUCAAGCGCACUGAGACUGACAAAAAGCGUCACCUGUUUUCUGAAAGAUUUCGCUGUAGGGAACCUAAGCUCACGAGAUACUUUGCGGCAGGCCACUUGGAACAAGGUCAAAUCAACAACUGCAAGAAAUAAGGCCGGACAAACUGAACUAAAUACUUCGUCGCGAAAACGCGUUGAUGUUGCAUUAGCAUCUCUGGCUGUAAGAGACCGUGGUGCUAAUUGCUGCCAGUGCGAUAAAACUUACGUUUCCCAGCAGGCGUCGACCUAUCGACGUUUAUCAACCGGAGAGUUGGCGAACUAAGAUAUGUGCGACGCCCCUAUUCAUGGUUGGAGAUUAACAAACGAGCGAAGUAUGUUCAUGCGUUUAACUAUCAGCAUCGCGCCUCGACAACCUAGACCACGAUUCAACUCGUUGCGGUUAUAGCUAAAACGCAGUUUUUCACUGCCACACGUAGAAUAUUCAUUCCAUCCUACUUUGGCACCAACAUUUUAUUCAUGCAUUGUUUUUUACAAACACCACAUUUUUCAGGAAUGACACAAAGCGGGAACAUCUGUCUCGACUUUUCCAAGUGACAGUUUCUUUUGAUACUUUCUCAUCGAAAGGGCAUCGCAAAUUUUUGUUUUCUUUGUGUUUUGAAGCAGAGAUAGUCUUCUGACGCAAUGGAGCAACUCCUAGUUUGAAUCCUAGCCCCAGCACAAUCAUAUAUGUGCUUUGCAAGAAGCAACUCACGCUCGCCAUCUCCCACACUCGCUCGCGUAUAAGAUGCAGUCGUCCAAGGCAACAAACAAUCAAACAAGCUGCAUCGUAAGAUUCAAAGGGACCCAGGUCUGGCGUGCGUAAAUCAUUUUUUACAAUAAAUUGGGCGUUGUUUAUUUUUAUUUUUAUUGCAAACUUUGUCUGAAGCCACCUGCAAUGAAAUCCACAACUGUCCGCAGCUUGGGAAAGAGCACAGCGCAGGAGGGUAGCAGCUGCUUGAUUGAUAGAGCGCACAUGUACAUAUAUUGAGAAGGAAGCUGUUUAAUAAAUUAUUUUGCAAGAA